AUAUUCCGCACCAUCGGACCGCGCUGUACGUUUACUGAUUUAACCUAUAAACGCUACAAUUUUCAUUUGGUGACCGCGUCAAUGACGAGAAUAUUAUUCUCUGUUCUCGCAUCGCUGUAAAGUACAUUUUAUUUUAUAUAAAAUAAUUUCGAUAAAAAGUUAACAAAGCUCUAGGAAUCAUACAUCACCAAAUAAACAUUUGAAGAAUAGAUUAUAAAGAAAACUAUGCAAUUAUGUUGCAUCGUGAUUCAACGUCCAGAAAAAUUAGAAAAUAUAAUGUGGCCAAGGCUCUAGAAUUGAUAACAAAGCACAGAAUUGAAGCAAAAAGAAAAGGCAAGGAUAAUGGAAAAGCUCUGAACGAUCAUAAGGUAGCCUAUUAUUGCAACAGUUUUCAAGACAAGAAGAAAAGGACGACAGGAUUUUCAAAGAGCAUUGUAUUAUUGGAGAUGCAAUCGUACAUCGCUCGUCAAGACUGGAAACAUGCAUUGCACUUAUUUCCUAAACUUCUUGAAUGUUGCGUUGAACUGGAACCUCUAGUAUGGAGGUACAUGUUUCUUAUUUUAUUGCACGUUAACAACCCAUUGCAUCUUCAAGACUUCUUUGAACGAUGUGUUGGUAAUCGAAGUUCAAAUAAUGGUGCAUUGUUGGAAAGAUUAUUGUCGUUGCCAAAAGAAUUUUAAUUUUGAGGCGAUAUUGUACGUGUGGUUCUGGAUUGCAGCGUGAUUGAUGUAUGACGCGUUAACUUAAUAAUUAAGUGUCUAUUAUGUACGAAUUUUUAUACAAUGAUCACAAUGCCAAUAUAGUUACAUAAAUAUGUAUUUUUAUUUAUGUAUCAGCAUUGGGUAUGAAAGCAGUCGAUGAAAUUGUUUCAUAUGUGAUAUUAUACAGUUUUAAUCGCA